GGUCCCUAACCAGCCCCAGCAAGACGUGAGGCGUUCACGGACUGUCUCUAACUGACAGACUGACUUUUGAACUCUCCGCCGCGGAGGGAAAAGUCGUGGAGGAUGUAUCGAAGCUGAAAGAACUACCAAGAAGUCUCACUUCGGUUCUCCGCAGCGGGUUACAGCCGAUCAGUUUCCCCCGAGGAUGAGGAGCAGAAAGCGGACUGGACGGUGAGUUUGUCUGGAAGUUUCCACGACAGAGUUGAGGAGAGUCAGAUCGAGGUUUGGUGUUUGCGUGGCAGCUGCCCGCACCGGGAGAGUCUGAAAGAGUUGGGAAAAAGUCAGGGGAUUUCGGAGAUAGACUCUGAAAUAGGAAGAAAACUCGAUUAAUCGAUCAAGUGUUGAAUGUUUUUUUGAAAGUAGAAUAACUGGAUUUUUAGAGGUAGUUCAGAUGCAAAAACAACGUUUACAGUUGAUGUAAAUAAUGUUGCUAAACGUUACUCAUUGUUUUUCAUUUAUAGGUCCACAUAUUCCCUGAAAAAUGGUCAACCCUGCAGAAGAGACGGAUUUUAAACCCCCUCUUUCAGCCCAAACACAGACUUUAUUUUAGUGGUCAUCUCUCCGCACCAUGAGCUCCCUGCAGCAGCUGGGUACCAUGUCUUUCCUGAUGAAAAAGAAGAAGUUUAAGUUUCAGGUUUCUUUCACUUUAGAGGAGCUGACAGCCGUGCCUUUCGUCAACGGAGUGCUUUUCUGCAAGAUUCGGCUGAUGGAUGGAGGAGACUUUUCCAACCUUUCCUCCAGGUAUUUAACAGAACAACCUGUCACUUCCUUGUUGGGAAAACUUCACUCCAUGAACCUUACACUUCUCUGCUCCGUGUUAGACUGACUUUUCCUCCACAUUCCUGAUAUAUUAUUUCCCUUUACUGCUUAAGACUUUUCUGCUUAUCUCUGUAUAGAUAGAUCUGUUUACAAGACUCUGCUGGUACUAGUGGGUACUUAGUUGUUGUUGAUGAUAUUUUCCACGUCAUGUCAGACAGAGAGCUCAGGCUGUAAAACUGGAACCAACCUGCAGGUCACAGCAUUAUUUCACCCUCAUGUCUCCUGGGAAAGUCUCUGUCAGUGAUGUUUCUGGCAACAUCAUCUGCUGAUGACUGAUGUUGCAGUUGAUACAGAUAAUAUCAGAGAUGGAGUGAAAAGCUGGGAUGUGUAAAAUGUCAAUGAAAGCCUAUUUUAAAGGUUUGUUCAUCACUCAAUCCCCUUUGACUUAUUGACUUAUUACUUGAUAAACUGCAGGCAGGCCAGUUUAGCAUCAGGACUCUUUUAAUACAGAGCCAUGCGGUUUUAAUCCCUGCAGCAUGUGGUUUGUCAUUGUCUUGCUGAAAUAUGAAGGUCUUUCCUGAAAAAGUCUUUGUCUGGAUGUCAGAAUGUGUUACUCCUAAACCUGUAGAUAUUGUUCAGCCUUCACAGAUGUGGAAGCUACCAACGGACACUUAUGAUCCCCAUACCAUCAGCAAUGUUGGCUUUAAUCUAGGAGCUGAUAACAAGUAUGGCCCCUCUACUCUUAAGAUCAGAAGCAUCCAUGAUUUCUAAAAAGCUGUAAGAUUGUUAAUGUGCAGGGUCCAUGGUUUUCAAAAGAAAUGUCAAAUGGAGGGCUGCUUGAGAUCAGGACCAUCCAUACUGGUUUUGGUCCGUGUCCCUUUUGCGCAGAGAUUCUCUGAAUAUUUUAAUGAUAUUAUGUUUAGUAGAAAAUGAAAUCCACUCAUUCUUUCACAGAGAUGUUCUUCAGCUGUUCACAACUUUUUACCUGUUUGGUUGUUCCUCUAGCAACUUUCUACAAACAUGUUGCUGGCAUUAAGUUAUAAAUGAGUACAUAUUUGUCUUCCCAAAGCUCUUGUCUUUGUCCCUGACUGAUGUUUGACAUCGACAUUUAGCAGUUAGUCUCAAAACCACCCACUCCCAUCACAUGCCUUUGUGCUCUACACCUGACUGCAUGACUUCAAUAAGACUGAUGAUAAUUGCCUCUGCAGCUCAGAGUGAGUAAGCUGUGUGGAGGUGUCAGGACAGGUCUGCAGGUUCAAAGAGUAACUGACAAACUAAAGACCACACCAGAGUUUAACAAGUUUCAACCCAUUCACAGCAAAUGUAUUAUUAUGUGACAGAUGCUGAAGAUUUAUGGAUGGUUUUAAUCCUUUUUUUAGAAAGCCAGCUUCAGGUUUUCUAUCUGGACACAAAAGUCCCGAAAAUCAGUCUCAGUAAUGUUUUCGUGGUGAUUUGUAAAUAUAUUCUUAUAGCAAAACCUGCUGACAGACGUUGACCUGCAGACAGACAAUGUUGAUGUUAACCUGUAUCCUCUCGGUGGGCACUAACUGCGAUUUCAACAUGGAUGGAUGGAUGUUUGGUUGGUUGAAAACAGGAAGCAAUCAGGACCUAAUUUGACUACUUUUCAUCUGGCUGACAAACCGUUACGACAUGUCAGAGAAGACAUCUAGUUUUUUGAAUGAUGAUAAACUGUCAACUUCUAUGGAGACAGAGGGAGGGAAAAUAGAAACGUUUUUCAUGCAAAAAUCAUUAUAGAAGUCAAUUAUAUGCUGUUUAAUAUCAACAAAUCCCCCACAGAAUAUAAAAAGGUAAAUCUGGACUGAGUUUAGAAGCUAAAAGUUCACCCAGGAAAUUGUGAGACAGAUAAAACAAAUAACAGAAAAAGCCAAAAGGAUCAAAUGAAAAAUGAAACUCUCUCAGACUCUCCUCAGGCCAAAGCUGCAGAUUAAUAGUCCUCUAACCUUUGACCUUUGACCAGUCAGCAGCUUCCUGCAUGACAAUCAACAUUCCUGCCAGAUAACCGCGCCAAGACGACCAUAAAACCUUUCAACGUUAUCGCUGAACUCCACAGGUCAGAGCCAGCAGACACAGUUAGUCCACGGCACAUUUACCUGCAUGCAAAUACCGAGGGUGAGGUACUGAGAGCAGAAACAGGUGUUGACGGCUCACUGUUACCUCACUUAACUUGAAAUAAUGACAGUGUGGAUACUGAUAGGUUACACACACCUUAAGAUGGUCUGGAUGUAAAAUAUAGCCUGACUGAUGUAUCACUGUUAGUUUGCAAAUCAUUUCAAGUCUAUGAUGAAGUGAAAGUACUGCAAAGACAACAUAUUUAUUGAUGAAACUGACAGUAGGUUCCUGUAGGGAGGUAUUUCUCCAGACUCUCUGAAUCUUUUUUAAUGAUAUUUUGUUUUGUAGAUGAUGAAAUCCACUCAUUCUCUCACAUUUGAGACUCAGUAACAUUAUUCUAAAACUUACAAAAAGAAGGAUUGCCCUGUGGUCAGUUCAGAUGACGUUGUGUGCGGUGGAACUCUUUUCUUUUUAGAUUAUUCUGAAACUGUUGAACUAUUAGCUCACACAGUCUCUCACAGGGCAGUUAACUUUUUCACAUCUUUCUGUCUGAGAGACUCAGUCUCUCUGAAUGUCUUUUUUAUACUCAGUCAUGUUACUAACCUGUUGGAAAUUAACCUCAUCAGUUAUACAGUGUUGUAAUUUGCCCUCUUAAAAACCGCAUAGUGAGUUUUUGUCAGCAGCAGACCAAACCUUGAUCUCAUUUCUCGAGGAUUUCACAACAAUAGCCGUUUAUUUGUUUCUUCAGGAAUGUAGUUAUUGUGCCAACAAUCGCUCAACAGGGUACCACAUGGAUCAUAAAAGGAUUAUUUAUCCAUCGUUUAGGUUGACAUUGUGUUUAUUUGCUGAUGGGGAGUUUCUCCUGAGUUCAGCUGAAAUAUGACUCUAAAAAAUGGUGACACUUUUUAGUCAUCUCAUGUUUGAGGAUGUGAUGUUUGAUUUGGAAAUGAGCAAAAUGAUUGAGCCUGAUAAAUUUAUCUGAAAUCUUUUAACCAAAUGGAAUUCCUUUGGCAUCUCAACGAUGCAGACAAAUCUGAAUCUGUGCUUACACCCAAAGAUGAGAAAAAAAGAUAAAUAUCUGAGAGAGACAAUAGCACAGAACACAUCCCACUCUUCCUAACAUGCGCUCUGCAGAGAAUCAGUUCUUUGGUGUCCUGAAACACUCUCACUCUUUCUGCCAGCAGAUAUAUGAGAGCCACUCUGAGAGUAUCAACCCUUGAACAAAUUCCACUCCCACAUUUAAUUCAAUAGGAAACAGGCGUUGUCCACAACAUUAACACUGUUACACAACGAGGCUCGACAAAGACGCCCUCCUCCACAGACAAACACCACAAAUGUGCAGCAAGAGAUCUGGAGAAAUCAUGUAAUUCUUUCUCUUCUUUUGGCAUCUAAAUGUCAAGAGUUCUGGAGGAAUUGUUCUUUGUCUGAGCACUUAAAUGAUGCACAAUCAAUGUUGAGGUUACAUCUUUGAUCUCAUGUUUACAAUUCCAUGUAUUUGCAUUUUAAAGACAGUUUUAGUCAAUAUUAAAAAUGUUAUUCCUAGAAGUGUCUUGAUUUGGGAAUCAAAUGGAUGCAGUGAAAUUAACUUUAUGACCUUUUAGAUUUAUUAUCUAAAUUUCUGCUGCACUUCUACACCAGUAAAUAUGUUAACAUGCAGUUAAGUUGAGCUAUUUUAAAGGCUCUGCUUAAUCAUGGCAAAUCUCAUAAUCCUAAAUUUGGUAUGGAUAUUGUUCAGUACAAAUUACCUGGGAUAAGACAUCUGCAUCACAAGUAUUUCACACAUGCACUGUAAAAAAACUCUUUUCAUUACUCUGAAGAAAAACACUUAAAUCGGGAAACACUGUACGCAUCACUUCACUUUAAGAGUUUUGCUUUAUUGUGGUGAUAACACUCACUAAAUUAAAAGCUAGAUGUUACUUGUAGAAAAGUAUUUUUACUCACUCAAAAAAAAUUGAUCCAAGCUCUUUUUUACAGCUUAGAUUUAAUGACAGGCUGCAGAUCGAACAAAUCCUUCAGUCUUUACAAGCGUUUAGAUAACCUCUUUAAUAUCCUCUGAUUUGGGCUUGUACUUAAUUAAGAUCUGAAUGAUGUCUUUCACUUUUCAGCCGAUCAUGUCACCUGAUCUUUUAUAUCAGCUGUCAGUGAGCACAAUUUACACACAACUGAAACACGUGAGUAAGCAGGAAACUAGGUGUCGUUGGCUCACCUACCUGUACUUAAUAAAACAAUAAAGUGGAUAUUAAAGUGAGGCUCCAUCCACGGCUACAACAUUGCUGCAUGCACACACACGUGCACAGCCUUUUGAUGACAUCAAGAACUUUACAGCAGCUACAGUGACUUUGCAGGAACACAUGGAAAAAGCAUAAACCCAGGACAGUCCCUUUCAUUUGUGUUAGUAAUCCUUAGGCAAAAUCUCAGAACUGUAAAAUUAUUUCCAACUAAAAAGUAAAAACAGACUCUUGCAUAUAAAAACCUACCAUCUCAGCAUGAAACAUAACAUAUCAUCUUCCUGACCUGUGUGGUACGAUGAUACGCCGAGGCUAAAUAUUGAUGUUUUAGUUGAUGUUAGACUCUUUAUUCUGGGAUGAGAAGAGAGGUGGAAAAUACUCUCCAAUCUGCAGAGAUAUUAACUCACCUGUGAGGGGUGGAUUAGAAAAUUAGCUACGCCCUACAUGAUAAUUACUGCUGAUUUAAUCAAUAUUACGUGUUAGAUGCACUCCUGUGAGCUGCAGAGGUUUUACUGAAGGCGACAGAGGACUGAAAAAGACCUGGCUGUAGUUCUUGGCAUCAUGGUAAGUACAACUAAAGUGGUUAAAGGUUACAAUCAUAAAGUGUCAACUAAAAAGCUAGUUUAUGAUUUAAAGUUUAUGCAUAAAAUGUCUACACUUGUGAAAACGGCUGGUAACAUUUGCUCUUGUGAUAAAAACUAUAUUUAAGAGUGCAACAUUUUGGACUUUUAUGAGGAUUCGCUGAAUGUUGUGGUCAUGACACUCAUUGUCCGUGAUUUCCUAACAGAGUGUCAAAUUUUUAUCCGUCUGUCCACAGUUUUCCUCUUCCCCUCGGUCCAUCUUAAAGGGUUCAGUUCUAGAAAAGUCUCUGGUGUUUCUGUAUGAUAUUUCUAUCUGGUCUAUUAUUUGCAUGCUUCAGUUUUAACCUAAAGUCUUAUCUGUUUUUAAUGCAGUGCUGUAAGGGUCUAUAGAUCAGGAGCAUCCAGUCCUGGUUUCGGUUCUCGUCCCUUUUGUACAGAGAUUUCUCCAGAUUCUCUGGAUUUUAGAUGAUGAUUUGUAGAUGAUGAAAUCCACUCAUUCUUUCACACUUGACACUCAGGAAUGUUAUUCUGAAACUAUUUUUGCUCACACAAACCAUCACAUGCUAUUAUUACAACAUUUCACCCAACCUCACAUCACAUAUUUGAAACAGGGUUCGUAGAUCAUUAACACCGGUUUCUGUAAAAGAGUAUAUAUUUGUUCAGGGCUUUUUUUCUUCUGUAUCCAUCAACUUUGAUCUGUGUGUUCUCCCAAUGAUGGAAAAAUAUUUACUAUUCAAAUGUUUUUCUGUGACAUAACCAUUAAAUUCUUUGUUGAGCCCACACUGUGACUGUUUUAACUCUGAAGAAAUCCUUCAGAGGAGCAGCUCGCUGUAGCUUGUGUUGACUUGUGGUACAAUGGUGUGUUUGUGCAGGUUGUAAGAAAAGACCUGGAAGAACCGGUCUGACCGUUUUCUGCCUCCGGGCUCGUUGUUUGAAGGGCUGUAAACUCUAGGUUAGAUAAAUGGAGUGGGAAAGAUGUAGUAAUAAAAAUGUAUGUUAAAGGUUAUUUGGGGAAAAAAAUGCCUGAAGAUACCAUGACCUCCUGAGAUUGCUUGCAUAAAUAGAUAGUCAAGAGUGAAAGUUAAUUUACCUGUCUUGAUUUCUAUCUAAAUUCUCUUUUACUCUCUGACUCUGACUCCCUCAAAGGCUGAGCAAACCUUCAAGUCCAGUAUAUCGCACACAGAUACCUGCUAAUUGUGUUAAGGCAUGAAUAAAUUAAUCACUGAAUUUUACCAAUCACAAAAAAAAAGGAAACGCAAAAGAUAAUUUGUUUGAUUUGACCUGAAAUAAAUGCUAAAAGGAUCCUCAAACACAGUCUAAAGUUUAAGUUCAGUGGUUGAGAAAGCUGAGGCGAUACCUUGCAGACUGUUAGCAGCUUCUACCUAUCACUCAAAGAGGCCACGCCCCUAAUUAUGGAUAACUUUGAUUCUUAAUAUAACGUAAAAAGGUGAGUUAUUCAGCCAGCAAGGUUGUCAUGAAUAGAGAAAAAAGCCACAGAUACCCAAACUGUUUUCAUACCAGGCUGUAAACAUGUUUAUUUUUGCUAUAAACCAGGACAUUGUCGGACUCACUUUUAGAUGCAGCCUCUUGUGGAAACUUGAAGAACUGCAGUUUUUGGAAUUUGUGCUUUGGCUGGGUUUUCAGCCUUUGAGUUUGAGGCUUUAGGAGAAGACAAGAACAAGAUGAUGAUAUGAAUUCAACCUGGAAUGGUGUGUUUUCAUGCUGUGGAGUAGAAGAAACUUGUGAUGCAGUAGUUAUACAAAAGAAAUGAAAGAUUGUUACAGAUCUCAGACAAUGUGGGGGUUGUGAUCUGUUAUCUGCAGGUAUUUUCUGUAUGGGUGUGUUGUGAAAGUCUUGAACUUGUAGAGAGCUGAAGUUUUUGUGAAAUAUUUUCUCUGAAAUGAGCUGGGCAGGGACUGAUAACAUCUCAGCCGAGUCCAGACAGGUUCAAUGUGAGCGAGGGAAUUUAGAAAACCUCGUGAACAGCUUUAGUUUGUCUUAUUACUCAUGCAUUUUUUCUGGAAUGGUGUAGCCGAUAUUCCUUUUAUUAUCAGAAAAUCCUGUUUGUACAGAGAAAGAGAGAGAGAGAGAGAGACCCUUGAGGCCUUCAGAUUCAAAGAGAUGAAGGGUUCCUUUAAUUGUUCCCUACUCCACCCUGUUGCGAGUACAUGCUGCAGUCUGUGAUCUAGAGUCCAACAUAAGAAAGUAUCAGGAGUGUGCUCAUGAUGGACAGAUUCUUUCUAAGUCUGUUUGUAGUCUGAGUACUAUCCACCAAUCAGGUGUCUAUAGACUUUUGCGCCUACAAGACAAACAGAGCAAAAGCAGGCGGACCACAAGCCACCAUAAAGACAUGAUUGGUAAUCUGAGGAGGAUUUAUUUCUCUUUGAAAAGAGAUAUCUGCAUGAAGAAUUGUUCUACAUCCAGGUUCAUACUUAGUAUUUAAAGUGAAACUAUGACUCACUAUAAACAGAUGUAAUGAACCAAAAUAAAACAUUGUAUACUUUGUAGACAGAUCUGACCUCUGCCUGAACAGUUUUCUUUUCACUGCUUUGCGAUAGAAAAUUGGACAUAGCUUGUGGGUGCUACUUUUUACACAGCUUUGUAACCAUGAAAUGACCUGAAAGUUAUGCCUUUACAGAAAACUUUGGAGACCAGUUGUUAGUACUCAUAUUUACUCCCUAUUUUAUGUUACUAAUUACUCCAUUAACAGCUGUUGUUGUAAUGUAUCCUCCAGUUUUUGGCUCUGUGCUUCAUGAAGGUCUCUAUCGAUGAACAGCUCCAGGUUUCAGUAACAGCUGAGACUCAUAUCCCUUUGAAGGGCAAUUUGAAAGAGCUGCCAGGUCGACUUAUCCUAACAUUGUUCUGAUGGGACACCAGAGUUCAAUGUCAGGUUCAAGCCAAGUACUGCAAAGUUCUCAAUCAAGACGGCCUGAGAAGCUGGAUCAGACAUCAGAGAAUUACUCCAAUAUCUGUGUAAAUAAUGUUUUUAAAACUGGCUGAGGUUUAGUCUGAACAUGCAGCACUGUACCAUCGAAUGUAGGUACUAAAAUAUGGAUGAGCUUACAGGUCUCAGAUCUGUUUUAAAACUUUCACUAUCACAUGACUGUCCUUUAAUUUUGUGCUCUACAAGAUAUGAUACGAUAUGCUAUAGAUAGCCUACACUUUGUUGUCCUCUUGGAUUCAAGUGCUUCACAGGCUCAACUACAUCCAUAAUAGUACUAAUAAAUAAAACAAUGUACCUUUACGUGCAUUGUGUAAGACCACCACUGCAAAGAAGCAACACAGAAUGCAAAAUAGGACAAGAUAAACCCGUCAGGAAAAACUCAUUUUUUACACUUUGAUGCAAAACCAGAGGAAAUAACAGAGCUUCAGCGUUUUAUUCAAUUAUAAUUUAAAUACUUCAAAAGUCUUAUUUCUGUUUGAACAGUUCCAACCAAAACUCUGGUGCUUUUCUAUUGUAUAAUAAAUAUUAUCUUAGUUUAUGCGGCAUCGUCUGAAUCUCUGCACAGUAGAUUAUCUGCAUAUUGAAACAAGCCAUCUCAUAUGUACACUGUUACAAACAGGGAGAAGCUUUCUCUUUCAGGAGUGUCUUCUCUUUGUUACAACAGAGCAGCAGAGAUCAUGAAGACUGAAACAUGCAGAGAUAGAAAUGUCCUCCACAGAGCUGAGCUCUGAUAAACACUGAGUCUGUUUCCAAUCUGUGUCAGAGGAAAACCCCUCCAUAGAUCCAGAUGAGAUCAUCCAAACCAGCUGGCCUUGAUUUCUUUGGAGGAGAGGCAGGCUGAAGUUUCCAAUUUCAUUUCCUUUAUAAACCAACGACAUUGUAGCAUUAAUAUUCAAGGUUUUAGAUGUCAUCUAUGACAGGAUAGAUGAUCCAACCAGUCAAAGAGCUGCAAGUAACGCAGUCUUUCUUUGACAUUUCUACCAUAUAAGUUGCAUGUUCUCUAUUCUUCCCUGUGAUUGUUAGUUCUUACACCUUGAAGUGUAAAUUAGUUUUUAUUUUUUUAAGAUAGCUUCACAUCACAGGGAAACCAGCACAUCUGAAGAAUGUCAAUCUAUUGAUCAGGGGCUGAUUUAUCUCAGCAGUUGAAUUGUACACCUGAUCAGGUUCAUUUUUGAUGUGAUAACAGAUCUCAUGUGUGAUGCCAACUGUCUUAUAUCGUUAUAAAUGUUUUUUUGUCAUGUGUAAUAUUCCCCUCUUUUAUUGUUGUGGACAUUUUAAUCAAAUGUACACUAACUCUUGCACCUGUAUGAAUUGUGCUGAAUAACUGAUUUGACUGGUGCUGACCUUGCCUAUGUAAUAACUGAUAGUAGCAUGGAGUUUUCAGGCUUUAAAGCUGCGUCCUCCUUCAAAAGGGGCAACCAGGACUCCCAAUGGACAAAGAUUUAGGGAUUUACAUCUCUAGACUUAUAAUGGACUGUUUAUUUUUCUGUGGAAGACCGCCUAACAAGAUCUUAAUGUGUGUGUGUGUGUGUGUGUGUGUGUGUGUGUGUGUGUGUGUGUGUGUGUGUGUGUGUGUGUGUGUGUGUGUGUGUGUGCAGGGAGGAGGUGCAGCAGAACUGUGUCCGAUGGAGGAAGAAGUUCUCGUUUGUGUGCAAGAUGAGCGCCAAUUCAAUCAGCGGAGUGUUGGACCCCUGCACCUGCAGAGUUUCUGUACGCAAGGUAAACUACAAAUCCCAGCAGCCAUCUCAGACUCUAGCCAAGCCAGGUGGUCCCUCUCCUCUUUGUAGCAGAGGACCCAGCAUCCAUGGUUUCCCGAAAGAGUGACAGGAGUAGUGCACACUACUCUAAGUUUUUACUUUUUGGAGCUGACCUUCAGGGUACAUAUUGGGUCCUUGUGAUGUAAUGUGUUUAUGGAUGUGACUGUGGAGAAGGCAUCAGCAGUCUUUGGUCCUUCAUUAUUUAAGUCCUUGUCUUUAUGUGUUUGCAGGAGCUCAAAGGAGGAAAAACUUUCUCAAAGGUACAUUUGUUUUUUUUAUUAUUAUGUCUGUAGAAAAACCUCAGUAAUACAUCACAUAUCAUAACUGAAGAUGAAUCCAGGAUGGGUUAUUUUGUUGUAGUCAUGUUAAACCCGUGAACUCAUAAAGUUUAGAGUGCACUCAUUCUUUCUGAAAUACACUUUUUAUGGUGUUAAUGAUACAACGGUAACACCAGCCCAGGGUAAACAGCACAGGGUUCACUUCUAGCAUCAUGUGACUCAGUCUGAGAGUGAUGAUGAGUGUGUUCACUGCAGUGUGUGUGUGUUUAUGUCCUGUACCUAAAGUGUCAGCUGUUUGCAUGAUGCAAGUGUUCAUGGGGUCUGGGUCUCUCUCAUGUCAUGUGUAAAAACACAUCCUCAAUUUUGGUUUGGUCGAAACUCUGUGAAAUGUUGAAUUAUAUAUAUUUUUAAUAGUUUUUAAAUCACAUAAAGCUUAUUCUUAAUAGAAAACUGGGUUACCCUUUCUUUCACAGUACACUUAUUACCAGGUAAUUAACAGGUAAUUACCUAGUAACAACAUGAAAUUAUCUGGUAAUUACAUUCUUAAAACAAUAACAUGUUUCGGCACUUGGUAUGGUUUGUUUGCACGGUUUUCGGUAACCCUUUCUUUUACGGUACAUUUAUUACCAGCUAAUUAACAGGUUAACACGAAAUUAUCUGGUAAUUACAUAAUAACUACUAAGUCAAUACUGUCUAGCUACCAGGUAGGUAACCUUCCAUCAUCAUACAAAUUUGAAGCCGAAUUGCUCUGGUAUUUCCAGGAUUUUCUCCGCUUCCUGGAACCACCACUUGCGCAGUAGCAUCGUGAUAAUGCUUGGCUCAAACAGCGUAUCGCUACACAAUCUUCGCACGCCCAUAGGCUGUAUCAAGUGUCAAUCAUAGAAAAUAAGAACCCCAAAUAGCUUUUGAAAAUGGAGCUGCACAGAAAAAAGAAAAACUAGACAGUAUUGACUUAGUAGUUAUCAUGUAAUUACCAGAUAAUUUCAUGUUAUUACUAGGUAAUUACCUGUUAAUUACCUGGUAAUAAGUGUACCGUAAAAGAAAGGGUUACUGAAAACUGUGCAAACAAACCAUACCAAAUGCCGAAACAUGUAAUUGUUUUAAGAAUAUUAUAUUCUCGUAUUAAAUUUGAUGCCAAAACCACAUUAAAAAAAAAAAGUUGUUACGGAAUCAUGUUCAUCAUCUCGCUGCAUCAGCUCUUCUUUGAUUUUACUCGGCUUCCUUGCUCUGAUGGGAUUGGGGUUGUAAAUGUGUGCAGUGUUUUUUCCCUGUAAUGGAAGAAAUAUAUGCAUGAUUUUCCCUCUAUUUAUAAAAUAAGUGGAAUAAGAAAAAAAGUUCAGGUCCCCACAUGAAGUGAAAGACUUAAAAGCUUGACUCUCACCACAGACAGUGACCCUUGUCGAGAGGACUCGUGCUGAGUGAGCAAAAAAACAUGAAUGGGGAGGUUAAAGGAGGUCAUCCACUCCUGUAAAAACUCUCUGCUGUCUGUUUCUCCUCCUUCACUUCCUCACAGGAGAAAUAAAACAGACGUGAUGUACAGAGUGAAACAGAUGGAAAACAGCAGAAGAAGAAAAAAUCUGCUGAUUCAGAUUCUUGGAUUAAAAAAAAAAAACAUCAAAUAAACUUGAACAACAUUUGUGUGUGUGUGUGUGUGUCUGCAGCUGGGUUUCGCUGAUCUCAACAUGGCAGAGUUUGCUGGUUCAGGCUCAACGGUUCGCUGCUGCAUCCUGGAGGGUUACGACACCAAAAACACCCGACAGGACAACUCCAUCCUCAAGGCAUGACAUAAACACACACACACUCAUGAACACACACAUACUGGCACACACUGAACUGGUCAGAUGUGGUUUUGUAACGACCUUGUUUCUUUGUUUAUUUACAGGUGACGAUCGGGAUGACUCUCCUGUCGGGGGAUCCCUGCUUUAAAACGUGAGUUACAGCAGCUAACACAGACGGUUAACACUGAUAUCACCUGAUAUGCAAGAAACAAUAAAUCUAAAACUAUAUGCAUCAUGUCUGAAGGUAUCCUUAUGGAGUUAUGACUUUGCAAGCAGGAGAAUUUGUAAUGUCACUGUUAUUCAACAAACUAAAUUUUCCCCAUGCAGACAGCCUCCACUGACAUGUUUGAUAAAAAGAAUAUUUUAAUACAAUUUUUCUUUUUUUGCUGAUGUUUGUUUUUUCCAUCAGGCCUCCCAGCACGGCUAAAUCGAUUGCUAUUGUGGACGAGGACCCGACCCUGCAGCUGGACUGUAAGGGAGAGAGCACGGAGGACACAGUGAGGACACGAGGAAGCUUCAAGGAGUCUCCUCGCUCCCUCAAACCCAAACAAUCAUCAGUCCGCAGUGCAGGUAACAGCCCACUAUCACUUAUUCUUACAUCUUCUCUUUUAAACCAAACCAACCUCUUUUAAGUGCCUUUUUGUUUUGAUGGAGGUGGAUAAAAAAAACUGUUAUAGACAACGAAAUGAAAUCACUGUUUCUGUCAGAGGAAAAACAGAUACUAAAAUGACAUUAAGCCGGUGUUAACUUGCAGUGUGUGUGUGUGUGUGUGUGUGUGUGUGUGUGUGUGUGUGUGUGUGUGUGUGUGUGCGCGUGUGUGUGUCAGGGCUGCCUGAGACAGGAGAAUGUGUGUCCAGUCCAGACGAUGUCUUUCACUCCGGUCAUGCUCGCAGCUCCAGCUACGCCAGUCAGCACAGCAAGAUCUCAGGUCAGAGGAGUCCCUAAAAGCUUCACAUUAUUGACCCUACAUGAGGGGAAAAAAAUGCUUUAAGAAAAAAAAGAAAACUUUAUUCAUCUAAUUUAAAAAAACCCACAACAAACAGUUAGUGUUUAGUAAAAGAAAAGUUCCUUUUCCUUCCCUUUCUUUCCUUCCAUUCCUCUUUUUUAUUUUCCCUGUAUUCUUUCUACAUUUUUUAUUAUUUUUUAUUAUUAUUAUUUAUUAUUUACAGUGUGCUCUGGCCUCAGCAGGCCCCCAGAAAGCCUCUGGAGAGGUGGCCAAUCAGAAGCAAUCAGGCUUGUGGAGGGGGGGUGGCUUUAAAGAGACAGCAGCUAAAACAAAGCGUUUCUGAUGGAGGAUGAAAUAAUAAUAUUUUACAGCAGCACUGUGAGAAAUUUGAGGCUUUUUAAACAUAAUUUUUAUCUCUAUUUUGUCAAAUUUUGUUUCUUCUUUUCUUUCUUUUUUUCAUUUUCUGUCUUCUACUUUUCCCACCUCAUCUUACUUUACUUUAUCUUUUCCUCUCACUAAAUCUCUCCUUCUCUCCUUUCCUCCCUCAUUUAGGUUACAGCACGGCUCAUUCUCGCUGCUCCAGCCUGACUGACCUCAGUCACCAUAGAAACGCCUCCUCCAGCAGCAGCGCCUCCUGUGGGCUCGCCCACCCCUCCACUUCCUCCACCUCCUCGUCCUCCACCCAGCCGCCUCUCUCCACCCCGACAGAUAUGCCCAAACAAGCCACGCCCACUAAACCGGACAGACCGCCUCCUCCCUCUGCAGCUGCCCUUAACAGAUCCUCCAGGUAAAAAACACACACUCACACACUCAAACAGGCACAUUUAACACACCUUUGUGUUUUCAGAGUCAAUGUGUGGUGUGCCUGGACCCUGACACUCUGUUUUAGUCUUGUAUAAAUCUCAGGGAUGUGUAAACUGACAUGCCUGAAAUUCUCCAGGAAUUUCUCGUCUCUGAGAGGAGUGUGUGUCAAAGUUUUCUUAGAAGAGUGUGUUGACGUGUUCUGUGGGCCAUGAGGAAGAGUCUCAAAGACUGAAGCAGCACAAAAACAAAAACAAUCUGCUUCAUUCUGCUGCUGCUUGUACCACACUAAUAUUAAAACCAAAUAAAAUCUUAAAUCGGUGCUGUUUGUCUCAGUUUGAAUUUACACUGAGCUUGGCAUCACCUUAACACUUUACUGUUUUUCAGAUAUUGGAUGGGCCUAUACACCCAAUCAGACUCAUGCAGCAUGUUUUUUAAUACCGAGUGGUAGAAAUGUAAACAAGAAGAGGCAUGCAUUUGAAAAUACAGUUUGUUGUAAACGGCUUUAACAGCUGAUUCAAUAAACCUUCAUGUGAUGAAUGACAAUGAGCUACAGGGAUCCAAACUCUUUCUGUACAAGGCUGUGAAAAUGAUUGUUUCUCUUGUAUUGGACAUUUAAACAUGGGGCUCUAUGGGGACAAAUCAAAGGAAGAGACAGCCUCUAGUGGACACUAAAGGAACUGCAGUAUCUUCUUUGCACUUGGAUGUCGGUUUCAUGUUUUAGCCUUGAAGUUUACUGCUUGAUUUUUUUUAUUAGUCAUAUCUUUGGCCAUUAAAGGUAUAUGCUAUAUAAAGUGUUAAAAUUUUGUUUCAGAUGUAAAUUUUCUCUCUGUUGUCGUUAUCAGGAGGAAGAAGGACACUGUGCAGCGGCAGCCGAGCUGCGUCGACGACACUCGCAUCGAUGCAGAUGCUAUCGUGGAGAAAAUAAUUCAGAGUCAGAAUUUCUCUGACAGCAGCAACAAUGAAGGUCAGACUCUGUUCAUAUUUUAGAGAUUAAUUCUCAUCAUAACGUGUUUUACAGUUUUCUGGUUGUUUCUCUGCAGACAGCAACCUGAGGCUUUUUGUCAGCAAAGAUGGGACGACUGCACUCAGUGGGAUGCAGCUCUCCAACAGGUACAUCCAUCACCCAUUUCUCUCUUUAUACCUGCUUUGAUUAUUUCUCUAAAAAUGUUUUUUUACAGUCUAAAAUUUCGCACUUCUGCAGAGGAACUCCUGGAGCUUUUGAGCCCGUCGUCAUCGAAACUCACUGAGAGGAAUGUCAGCUCGUCUGCAGCUUCAUCCACUGGAUCCUGACUCUGUGACAUCUGAUUGUACGACUGUGUUUGUGAAAGUAUGUGCAUACAUGAUUCAGUGCACAUAGCUUCAAAGACUACUACUGCAAAAUCCAAAUAUUUAGCCUUUCUAGUAUAUUUAAUAAGAUGGUGACAGGUGUGUAAAGUAUGAUUUCUUUUGUAGUAGGAGAAUUAGAUUUUUUUGUGAUUCAGAGUAAAUCUGAAAACACUCCAUUUGUGUCCCCUCAUGUAGAUUUUAACGGUCCAGCUCAUGUUUGUUUGACGGUUACACACCCCCACUAGUCCGGGGGGAAACAUUUGUCAAAAGCUGUGCUGUUUUUUAACAGAUGUACACAAAAACAGGAGUGUAAUCCCUUAAAAAGAAACCAUCCUAUCUGAAACACUCCCAGUGAAACUUUGACCGGCGCUUACUGCACAGAUUACUUGAACAGCACCCUGAGGACCACUGCAUUGUGGGAAGUAUAGUGAAACACUGAAUCAAUGGUGCGUUCAGGAGAACCUCCUCAACCAGAAAGUUUAACCUGAUCAGAAAUGAAAACUUUUAUCCUUGUUAUAAACAAGUUGAUGAGGAUCUUGGAGGUGCUGCCAUCAGAGGCUCUUAUUAAGGUCGGAGUUUGUGUAGACAGACUGUAACUGAGGCUUUUCAGUAUAUUUGAAGCUAGUUGAUCCUUACAUAAACGUACUUAUGAUAGUUUUGCACACGUUUUCUCCUUGAGGAGGAUGUUAUAAACCACUAAGAGAAAAUUCAGAUGGCACAGUGUUUAAAAGUUUCUUUUUUUCCAUGUUUCAUUUCAUUGUCGCUAUUUUAGGGGAGAAAUGUGAUCAUGUGAAUCUGUCAGACUUUGCUUUAUGCUCUUGUGAAACAGCACAGACUUUCAAUCAUGUGGCCGGCCAUAUGAAACUGUCCGAUCUCUGCACUUCUUUUUUCCUGUCUUUGAAUCUUAAGCUCUUUUACACUCUUUUAGACAUUUUACAAACUUAAGCUUUACAUCAAAAACACACAUUAGCUAGAAAGACAUAAAACAUGGUAUUGCAACAAACUAAAUAUGAAAGGUACUUAGGGCUCUUUUUUUAUCAAAAAACUGUGAAUACAGCAGGUUACAAACUUGUCAGCGGAGUAAUACUCAGCCUUUACAUACUUCAGACAAAAAUGGAACAACAUCAGCAUUUAUUAGCGUUAUAAGUGGACAACCGUCCUUUGGAGUGAUGAGCCAAAAUUUGUCCUUUUUUAAAGAAUUCAUGUAUGUGGGGUACCAUGGACAGGAACCAACAAAAUAAAAAACUAAAAAGAAGAAGAUCCGCAAAAACUGAUGACUUCUUUUUGGUCUGAGCAGAUUUAAAUCAGUCUGACACACUAGAAUGAGACAGUCUUUCUGGAAAUUAUGGACACCUGUUUCUAAUAGAAGUUUUCAAUGAUUUACAAACUAUCCAAAUCAGUUUUGAACAAUAUUAACAUUUGUAACACUUUAGCCAGUGUCCCAGCUGUUUUGGAAAUGACGCUUUAUAUAAUUUAUUCACUUUAAAAACUAACACAGCUGGGUUGUAACAGAAAACUUCAUUAUUAAUUAGGACUUCAAACCAAGAUAUUUGUCCAAAAUCAUGAUGUAACAGUUUGACAUAAUAAAAACUCACUGGGUGUACCCCUGUUCAACCAAAUUAAAGUGAUCUUAUCAGCUGUUGGUUGUUGGAUAGUUGUCCUCUUGAUCUCAUAAUGAAAACCUUGUAUUUGUUUUUACACUGACUGCACAGUUUUUUAGAGAAAAGUCAAACUCUUGUCGUUGCACUUUGUAGUUUUUAGGCAGUUUUUGUGUCGUGAUACUGCUUCAGUAAACUCUUGGAUUCUGAAUUGCAGUAAACUGACCAAAAUGUUUUGUUCUGUAUGAUAGUGGGAUAUUUUGUGUGUCUGUGUGCAGAGUUAACACUGAGAAUGUGGGUCUGUUGGUGUAGGCUGCUCUGAGGUCGGUCCUACAGCUGAAGACACACAAAGACUCUGUUAUGCCCUGAUAGACAAUAUAUAAUAGAUUCUGCCUCCCAGCACUCUGAGCGUGUGUGUGUGUGUGUGUGUGUGUGUGUGUGUGUGUGUGUGUGUGUGUGUGUGUGUGUGUGUGUGUGUGUUUCUCCAGUGUGUGUUAGUGGGUGUUUAAAUGUACUACUACAUGUUUGACUGAUGUGCACAUCUCAUUCUGCAGAGUAAAGUGCCUCAAACCUCCUCCUCUGUGAUUUCAGACCAGCGGGCUGGUCCACAUGUUUGUACAUACAGUGAAUACUUUAAGGUGGGAUGGGACUGAAAACAAUCAUGUUUUUACAGUAAGGGUUUGGUCAGAUUAUUUGCAGUAAAGGGAACUAUUAUUGUACUGUGAUUUAUCCUAUAAAAAUACAUAUUCCAUGUACUUGACUGCGUAAAGUUUUUUUUUUGGUGUAUGGGUUUUUUUUUCCAGAUUAUUUGCAAUUAAACUAACUUGUUGCAUGUUAAUAUUAUUUGCAUUAUGUUGCAUUUUUAGCAGUAAUGCCUAUUAUAUUUGCAAAGGGCACAGACUUAUUAGAGAAAAAAUAUAGAAACUAUAUCACUUUUGUAAUUUAUUAAAUGGGAAUAAAGCUCUUCUUUAUGUCUUGUCAAAAAUAACAGACACUUCUUUUUCAUAUUUGAUGAACACUGUCAGAAAAACUUCAACUGUCAACUUAAAAUCUGACAUUUUUUUUCCAAGUGAAUGUAACUCCAAAUAUUUUUCUCUCUUUGUAUUUAAGUGUUUGGAAAAAGAUGCUAAAUCCAACUGCAGAGUUGUGGUGUCUAUGUCAAUUUGCCUUUCCAUGUCUGUGAGUGUUGGAGGGAAAUGAAAUGUUAUUUUUUACAAACUCACACAUCCACAAUAAAAUGCUUGAAUCAGAA